ACUUACCUCCGAGUCCCCGCUGUCUACGUCUCGUUUUGAUGACGUAAGCACGAUAGGGGGAGCUGACAGGGGUGACGCGACUUCCGGUGGAGUGACCCGGCGAGUGUGACAGAUCUCUGGAUAGAGGCAGAGGAAGAGAGGAUUGAAAAGGACCUAUCCUACAUAUUUCAUUUCAUGUCUUAGAAGUAAAGGACAGAUUAUAACUUUAUCCACCUGGAAGGCAUCCUUGAAGAACCUGGUCAGAGUUUGUGAGUUUCUCAAGUUCAGUUGACAUAUGAAAUGGCAGAGAAUGGCACUGAUUGUGAACAAAGGCGUGUUGGAAUGGCUAAGGAACAACACAAUGGGAGUUUUACAGAUUCCAGUUUCCUGAAUGAGAAAAAAAGAAGAGACCGUGAAGAAAGACAGAGUAUUGUUCUCUGGAGGAAGCCAUUUAUUACCUUGCAGUAUUUUUUCCUUGAAACCUUGAUAAGCUUGAAGGAAUGGAGCUUAAAAUUAUGGCACCGUCGUGGGAUGGUGGGCUCGCUAUUGCUCCUGCUUUCAGUUCUUACAGUAGCGUAUUAUAUUGAAGGAGCACAUCAACAGUAUGUACAGUAUGUUGAAAAGAAAUUUUUAUGGUGUGCCUACUGGGUAGGCUUAGGCAUUCUGUCCUCUGUGGGUCUUGGAACAGGUCUACACACCUUCCUUCUAUAUUUGGGUCCACACAUAGCUUCCGUAACACUUGCUGCUUAUGAAUGUAAUUCUGUUAAUUUUCCGGAACCUCCGUAUCCAGAUGAAAUUAUAUGUCCAGAUGAAGAAGCUGUAGAAGGUAGCAUUUCAUUAUGGACCAUCAUCUCAAAAGUCCGACUGGAAGCCUGCAUGUGGGGGGCUGGCACUGCCAUUGGGGAGCUGCCUCCAUACUUUAUGGCCAGGGCAGCCCGUCUGUCAGGAGAAGAACCUGAUGAUGAGGAGUAUGAGGAAUUUGAGGAGAUGUUGGAACAUGCUCAGACAGCACAGGAUUUUGCAUCACGUGCCAAACUUGCAAUUCAAAACCUUGUGCAAAAAGUUGGAUUUCUGGGGAUCUUGGCCUGUGCUUCAAUUCCAAAUCCCUUGUUUGAUCUGGCAGGAAUAACAUGUGGACAUUUCCUUGUGCCCUUCUGGACUUUCUUUGGAGCCACUCUGAUUGGCAAAGCAAUAAUAAAAAUGCACAUUCAGAAGCUCUUUGUUAUCAUAACUUUCAGUAAACACAUUGUGGAGCAGAUGGUGUCUUUAAUCGGGGCUGUUCCAAGUAUCGGACCUUCUUUACAAAAGCCUGUCCAAGAGUAUCUAGAAGCUCAAAGGAAGAAGCUUCACCAUAAAACAGAUGCAGGAGCCCCACAGAGUGAAAACUGGUUAUCAUGGGCAUUUGAGAAGCUGGUCAUCGUUAUGGUGAUUUAUUUUGUUCUUUCCAUCAUCAACUCCAUGGCACAGAGCUACGCCAAGCGAGUCCAACAGAAAAAGUUAUCUGUUGAGAAGACAAAAUAAGGGGAUGCACUCUGGGAUUAAAUGGGAGGGUGAUAAAAGACAUAAUGCUACUAAGCAAAACCUCAAAUGACCCGAUUUAACCGUUAAAUACAAAUUGGCGAAUUUAACUUUGGACAUUUUUAACCAUUUUUUUUUCCAAAUCGUAUUAAAUUAUUUUUUUUUUGUAAUUUUUUUUUUUUCACAAUAUAAAAUGUUAACAGCUUAUGUGGAUACGUUUUUUGUCUGUGUGGCAAAAAAGGUAAAGUAUACACCAUUUUCAACCUUCUUUUUAUGGUGAAUUUAUACUCUUUUCUUUUUUUUUUUUUUUUUUUUUUUUUUCCUUGUAA